CCUAGGGCUUGCAGGCCAGCCCCUGACCCCUUCUUCCUGAGCCUGACCUCUGACCUCUGGUCCCUGGCCAUGGCCCCUCCCCCUCUUGUAGUGACCUCACAAAGGUCACCAGCUUCUCCCCAGGCACUGAGAUCCUCCAAUGGCUCUGCUGGUCCUCGUGAGUGCUGUCCCAGCUAGCCUGCAGUUCCUGCUGGUGCUCAGGGCAACCACGUGGGCCUGUCUCCUGUGCUUCACGACUUACACAGAGCGCCUUGGCAUCUGCAGGAUGUUUGGGGUAGAGGGCCCCAAGGUUGACCAGUGUGAGGAAGCUUUCACUGGUGCCUUCCAGGGUCUCUCAGACAUGGAAAUCAAUUAUGAGGAGAGAAGCCACCUGCAUGACACCUUCACCCAGAUGACUCUGUCCCUGCAGGAGGAAGCUGCUGCCCUGGGGUCCUUUGAGGUUGCCUUUCCUGCUGCUGCAGAAAAGAUGAAGACGGCCAUUCUACAGCUUAAGAAAGUCCAGCCCUGCAUCCCUCCCUGCGGGAUCCAGGAGGUCAGCCGGCGCUUCCUCUGCCACGGGUGCUACUCCACCUUGUGCGACCUCCCACUGGACUGUCCAGUGCAGGAUGUGAGGGUGAGUCGCGGCGACCAAGCCCUAUUCUCCUGCGUGGUGGGCUUCACGCUGCCGGAGGAGGAGGUAACCUACUCCUGGAGCUUCGCAGCAGGUCUCCGGACUCGGGACGCGUCCUAUUUCCGAGAUAUGCCGCGGGCCCGAGGGUACCUGGCGCGCAUCCGGCCGGUGCAGCCCACGCACCGCGGGACCUUCUGCUGCUUGAUUCAGCACGACCAGCGCCCCCUGGCGCGGCUCUACUUCUUCCUGAACGUGACCGGCCCGCCCCCGCGCGGGGAGACGGAGCUGCAGGUCACGUUCCGGGAAGUGCUGCGCUGGGCGCCGCGGGACGCGGAAAUGAUCGAGCCCUGGAGGCCCAGCCUGGGUGAGCUGCUGACCCGGCCAGAGGCUCUGACGCUGGGCAACCUGGCCCUGCUGGCCGCUGUCAUGGCCUUCGCAUCUGCCAGUGCGACGGUGCUGGUGUGGAUGUUCUUUCGGUGGUACUUGAGUGGCGACUAACAAAGGUACCUCGUCCUAAUCCUGUUUUCAUUCGUGAAAUAAAAAGCAUACAUUUCUGCUCUGGGGUCUUCGGCUUCUGAAGGUGGCAGUGUGCUAGAAAGGCCGAGGUGAUUCUAGUGCCCAUAGGAUAGUAGGGGCUCAGCUGUCGCAGGCAGGCCCUGGCCUGAGGCUGUUACGCUCCAGUCCACACCCCGCUUGCAGCUUUUGCAGCCCCUCAUCCGGCCCUAUGCAGAGUCCCAGUGUUGCCCUGGAAGCCUGUUGUCCUUCCCUUUGGAGAGAGGUCUCCAUCCAUCCACUUAAGAGUGCCGAGUCGUGUGAAAUCUCUUCAGUUUCAAAUCCUUUACCAAGUCUGCUCCUUUGUAACUCGUGUCCCUGUGGUUCUGGUCACUACUGUGUCCUGUCUGGGUCACCGUGGCAGCCUCCCAACUGCAUCCCUGUCCCUGCUGGGCCUUGGCCCUCUGAAGGCCAUUCUCUACGAGCUGGAGUAAUAUUUUACAUCACAGCGGUCCAGCCUUUUGGCUUGCCUGGGUCACACUGAGUGAGGAGGAAUGGUCUUGGGCUGUGUGCAAGAUAUAGACUGGGUUUUUCCUUUAUUUAUUUAUUUAUUUAUUUUUUAAGACAGAGUCUCGGGG